AUGGUGGAUGAGCAUGCCGGCAAGGAGGAUGGAUUCUCACCACCGAGCGGCAUGAGACCAAGACUUGACGGCAGGGGAAUGGGCGGCAGUCGCGCAGAAGAACAGGUACUUGACAUCCUGAUGCCUCCGCCUAUCCACCCCGAUGAUCCUGGUUCUGGUCCUCUCCCGGGGUCCAUCCUCCUCAAUCCUGAAGGCUACAUCAGCGACCGCACCAACGACACCACCGCCGACGGCUUCACCAAGGACGGCAAGCGAAUCCAAGUGGCCUUCUGGGUAGCCCACCCGCCACGCGCCUCCUGCUUCACGGUCCACGUCCCUGAGCUGGGGAGUUCCGCCAUCGGCGACAUUCCCAAGAUCCUCUGCACGGAGGAGGACCUCGCCGGCACCAAGGACAAGCCGCCAUCGCUGCAGCUGAUCCCGACGCCCCCAAGCCUCCUCUUCGCUGACAAGGACGCUGGCCUCCUGCGCUGCCGCUACCGCCGCGGCAACAUGUACUUCAUCGCCUUCCUGUGUCGGGACUUCACUAAUAAAGAGUUCAUCCUCCACCUGUACAACUCCAAGAGUAAGUCGUGGAGCAACAAAUUGAUGCAUCUUGAUUCACCCAAGGCAAAGGAGUACACGUAUACCAGCAAAGUAAUCACCAUCGGAGGGGAGCACGGUUCGGUGGGUUGGAGUGAUCUCUGCAAGGGCAUCCUCAUCUGCGACUUGCUCCGUGAGAAGAACAAUCUUCGCUACAUUCCACUAACGCCGCUGCUUCGACCCAAUCUGCCCGAAACUCCUCCAUUGCUCUUUCGGGACAUCAAUGUCUUCGGAAAAGGGUGUAUCGAGUACUUUGAUAUGUAUUUGUACAUUGGAUCAGGCCUGGUGGUCGGAAGCAGCCACAUGGAGCAGGAAGGUUUCUUCGACAGAGAAGCUGAGCCCACAAGACCAAUCUUGAAGGGAGUCUACUCAGGUUUUCCUGCUCUGAGCUUGCACGAUGAUGAUGUUGUUUACCUCAAGGAUAAAUACGAUCUCAUGGGGACAAAGGCAUCAGUGCUCGCUGUUGAUAUGAGAAGUCAGACUCUAAAAGGUGUGGCCGACUUUGGCUCUGGAAGGCCCUUGGGUUACAGUUACAUCUACUUUCAAAGUGCAAUAUCCAAAUAUCUGGGUCUUUGGUCCUCCACCAGGUACUAAUUAGUAUCAUGGAACAUUGUUAUGG